GGCGGGGCGGGACUCUGGCCUGACCUAUACGUGGGUGCGCCUGUUUUUCUGGUUCAGCCCUGGGUUGCAGCCCUGGAGAUGAUGUCGACCUUGGGAGAGACCACUGCACUGUCUCUAGCGGCGCGGUGUGGAGGAGGGAAGGGCGAGGGUUAGAAAAACGGACCUUUACCCUGGCCGAGCAGGUGCCAUGCCUUUCCGGAUGAUGUUACUUUUGUGCCGUUUAUGAGCGACUAAGACAUUGCGCCGCACCUGAAUAACUUAAAGCCUUCACCUAAAGCCCCCAGUGAGAUGCACAAAGAAAUGGAAUGUCUCCAAAACAUAUUUUUUUCAGAACUUUCUCUAAAACAACUCACGCUGCUGAUACCCCAGAGCCAAAGGUGCCAUAAUUGCUGAAGUUUAAAAGAAAAUUUAUACAAGGAAUAAGUAAUUCAGGAAACGGAACCCAAUCUAGAGAUGAAGUGAUUGAGAAGAAACAGUGAACAUCCUCAUUUCACAGAUAAGACAGCAUGGAUCAGCCUUUUACUGUGAAUUCUCUGAAAAAGUUAGCUGCUAUGCCUGACCAUACAGAUGUUUCCCUAAGCCCAGAAGAGCGAGUCCGUGCCCUAAGCAAACUUGGUUGUAAUAUCACCAUCAGUGAAGACAUCACUCCACGACGUUACUUUAGGUCUGGAGUAGAGAUGGAGAGGAUGGCGUCUGUGUAUUUGGAAGAAGGAAAUUUGGAAAAUGCCUUUGUUCUUUAUAAUAAAUUUAUAACCUUGUUUGUAGAAAAGCUUCCUAACCAUCGAGAUUACCAGCAAUGUGCAGUACCUGAAAAGCAGGAUAUUAUGAAGAAACUGAAGGAAAUUGCAUUCCCAAGGACAGAUGAAUUGAAAAACGACCUUUUAAAGAAAUAUAACGUAGAAUACCAAGAAUAUUUGCAAAGCAAAAACAAAUAUAAAGCUGAAAUUCUCAAAAAACUGGAGCAUCAGAGAUUGAUAGAGGCAGAAAGGAAGCGGAUUGCUCAGAUGCGCCAGCAGCAGCUAGAAUCGGAGCAGUUUCUGUUUUUCGAAGAUCAACUCAAGAAGCAAGAGUUAGCCCGAGGUCAGAUGCGAAGUCAGCAAACCUCGGGGCUGUCGGAGCAGAUUGAUGGGAGCGCUUUGUCCUGCUUUUCCACACAGCAGAACAAUUCCUUGCUGAAUGUAUUUGCAGAUCAACCUAAUAAAAGUGAUGCAACCAAUUAUGCUAGCCACUCUCCUCCUGUAAACAGGGCCUUAACGCCAGCUGCUACUCUAAGUGCUGUUCAGAAUUUAGUGGUUGAAGGACUGCGAUGUGCAGUUUUGCCAAAAGAUCUUUGCCACAAAUUUCUGCAGCUGGCAGAAUCUAAUACAGUGAGAGGAAUAGAAACCUGUGGAAUACUCUGUGGAAAACUGACACAUAAUGAAUUUACUAUUACUCAUGUAAUUGUGCCAAAGCAGUCUGCGGGACCAGACUAUUGUGACGUGGAGAAUGUAGAGGAAUUAUUCAAUGUGCAGGAUCAACACGAUCUCCUCACUCUAGGAUGGAUUCAUACGCAUCCCACUCAAACUGCAUUCUUAUCCAGCGUUGAUCUUCACACUCACUGUUCCUAUCAACUCAUGUUACCAGAGGCCAUUGCCAUUGUUUGCUCACCAAAGCAUAAAGACACUGGCAUCUUCAGGCUCACCAAUGCUGGCAUGCUUGAGGUUUCUGCUUGUAAAAAAAAGGGCUUUCAUCCACACACCAAGGAGCCCAGGCUGUUCAGUAUAUGCAAACAUGUGUUGGUAAAAGACAUAAAAAUAAUUGUGUUGGAUCUGAGGUGAUAUGUUCUGAAUGUAAGCACCAUCAACAUCAGACACCUACUCACGGACAUGUGGUUGCCGGAUUUUCUUAAGAUGUUUCCAGAAAUGACUGAUAUUUUAUAUUUAUACAUUUUAGAUCAGAAAGCUUGAUAUUUAUUGCUGUUGCACAUUUUGAAGUUUUCUUUUUGGGUUGCUCUGUGUCAAGAGAGGUUACAUGGUGUUAAAUCUGUACCUAAUAAUGUGCCCAAAUACUAUGACCAGAUAAUAAAUUGUGCUGCAAACAA